UUCAGAUUCUCUUGAUUUAUUCUGAAACUGUGAGUUGGCAGCAGGGGCAGCACCAUCCCUCUACCUCGUAUGGUUUGGGAUUACCUGUUGCAAACCAGGAAGCAAGGAUAUUCACAACAGUGAUAGAAAAUGAAUUGAUAAAUUAAACUGUAGAAUUUAUUAUUAAAUUUUUUAGUUUUUUUCUUGCAGAUUGAACUGCCAGAGUGUGACCAGGUUAAACUUCUUUUUUAUUGGUUUAGGAAUGUUGCCAAGCAGGAUUUUUCUCUUGUUCCAUAUAAACAUGUUAGAUAGAUUGCCUUUUGGGCUAAAACCAAGUCCAGCAAUGUUACUUCUUGUGCUAUGCAAAAUUUUGAUUUUGGAUAUUACAGAUGACGCCCAAGAAAUUAGGGAUCUCAAGAGAUGUAUAUAUGAUCUCUGCUACAUGGAUAAUUGUGCCUGUACAACAAAUAGUACUUAUACUUUACAUUGGGCAUUUAAUCAGUUGAAGGACAUAUUUGAGCCAUAUAAGUUUUCAUUGCAACAAUUUGUCACAAAUGAGAUGAAACUCCAAAGUAUAAUUGAUGAACAUGCCAAAGAAUCUACACCUACUAAAGUUAAACUGUUUGGUCUUAUUUGGGACAGGACUGAGGAGGAUACUCUUGCUACCCAAAGUCUGAAUCUAGAUAAAAUGGCUUCUAGUAAAAGGGAAAUCUUGCGGUCCAUUGCUUCAAAUUAUGAUAUUCUUAAUUUCAAUAUGCCACUCUUGAAUAGAGCUAGGCUAUUUAUGCAGAAACUGCAGUAUAUGAAGGAUUUAGAAUGGGACACUAGGUUACCUGAAGAGAAAUUACAGGAAUGGAGAAAUAUUGCUACUCAGGUUAACUCUGCUCCGGAAGUUGCAGUAAAGCGAUAUGUGGGCAGGAGAGAUGGUAGUUAUAAACUUGUCGCAUUUACUGAUAGUUCACGUGUGAUAUAUGUGACAGUUAUAUACAUACUGAAUGAGACUACUAAUGAGCUUAGAUUCUUGUUGUCAAAGAAUAGAUUGAUCAAUAAGCAACUGUCUACAAAAUCUAUUCCUUGCUUGGAAUUUCAAGCCAUAGCCUUCGGCACGGAAGUCCUUAUUGACACCUUCAAAGAACUUGCUGGGCCUAUUUGUGUGCAACCCAUUAAUAUUACUGGUUUGGAACUCUACACAGACAGCUUGGUCUGUCUUAAUUGGCUGAAUUCCCAUGUUAAUAAGAUUGAUGCAUUUGUAAUAAAUAGACUACAUAAUAUCUGCCAGUUGUGUGAAGUGCAUCCCAUUGCUUUUAAUUUCUGUGGAGGGUCUGUAAACCCAGCUAAUAGUGCUAGUCGUCCUACUUCUUACCAAAUGCUGAUGAAAUCUUCAUUUCUGACUGGUCCACCACAUCUCUGUAAAGAUGUGAAAGGAGAUUGCUUUAAUGUAGUUAUCCCAAACCCUUUGAUAUCAGGGUCUAAGAUGAACAGGAAUGAUGAUUCCAGUGAACUUUGUUGCAACUGCAGUGCAUGGUAGCGAAAGGGCUGUUCACAUUUUCCCUAUGGAUCUGUUUUCGGAUUUUCAUAAACUUGUAGCAGUGCAACAUAUGGUUCUUAAAUUUGUUAAUAAAUGUAAGAUUAAAUUGAGAGAUAGAGAUCCAGCUAAGUAUUCACAUUUAAUCUGUUUUGAGGAGGACGAGCUUUUUGCUAAGGCGAAUUCUAUCUUGAUCUCUCAAGAUCAAAGAGUCCAUUUCCCAGAAGUGUUUGAUUACUUUUCUUCUAAGAAUCCCGCUAGUAAAGACAUGCCAAAUAUUGUAGGCCAGCUCAACAUAUUUCUUGACAAAGAUAAUGUUCUCAGAGUUAAGAGCAAGUGUUCACGCUGGAAAGAUAUGAACAAGUAUGAUUUUGUUCCCAUUCUCUUGUCGAAAUCAAGUUUGCUUACCAAAUGUAUCAUUCUUGAUACACACAGGAAAACUUCCCAUGCAGGGUUGUAUACUUUGCUAUCAGAAUUAAGGAAACAAUUUUAUAUACCACAUUACUUCUCUACAGUAAAGAAAAUUCUUAAGCAAUGCAUAAAUUAUAGGAGGUUUAAUCUGAAAACCAUCAAGUUAAAUCAGUCACCAUAUAGGGAUUUCCGGUUAGAACCCCCAAAUAUUCCAUAUAGAUAUAGUUUUAUGGAUCAUUUGGGACCAUACUGGAUUAUUUGGAAUGGCAAGAAGAUUAAGGUUUGGUUGCUUUGCAUUGCGUGCCUUUGGAGCCGUGCAAUAAAUUUAAAGGUUUGUUUAGAUCUUUCAAUGCCUACGUUUCUGAGAGCAUUCCAAAUGCACAUUCAUGAGUUUGGCAUGCCUGAGAAGUGUGUUUCUGACAAAGGCACUCAAAUAGUAAGUGGCACAAAUAUCAUUAAGGAUGUUCUCAGGGAUCCUAAUACUAGACAAUAUCUGCAAGAGAAUAAUAUCAAAGCUCUGGAAUUUCAACAGUAUUACAAGGGUUGUAAACAACUGGGUUCAUUAGUUGAGAGUUGUGUUAAACUUGUAAAAAGGCUGAUUUAUGGUGCAAUAAAAAAUUCAAUAUUGAGUUUUGUAGAUUUUGAAUUUUUAAUUAGUGAAGUUGUGCACCUUGUCAACAGAAGGCCAGUGGCUUUUAAAGAAGCUCUCAGAGACUGCAACCUGAAUGAAGAUAUACCUGCCCCAAUUACACCAGAAAUAUUGCUUAAGGGUUAUGAACUUGUAUCUUUAAAUAUAAUCCCUAACUUACAACCUAUACCUAUGGAUGAUCCCUCCUGGAAUCCUAAUUCUACAGAACAAAUUAGGGAGAAUUAUAGCAAGCUUCGCAAAGCUCGCUUAAAAUUAAUAGAAUUAUAUAAUUCAGAAUUUGUUGCUUAACUUAUUAAUCAAGCAAUAGAUGAAAAAUCAAGAUAUAUGCCUAUUGGCCACAAACCAUUGCAAGUAGGAGAUAUUGUAUUGAUAAAAGAAGCCAUGCAGAAGCCUGCAAAUUACCCCAUAGGGAAGGUCUUGAAAGUGCAGGUAAAUGACUUGCAAGAAGUUACAGGGGCAACAGUAAUGAAAGGAAAUAGAUCCCGUGUGGAUAUGCAUGUUGAGAGCCUUAUUCCUUUGAUGAGCAUCAGGGAAUAUGAGCAAAAUAGGACAUUGCAAGAAAACACAGCUGAAGCACAAAAACCAGAGGCAGAUGCUGUUAGGCCUCAGCGAAAAGCUGCCAUUAGGACAAAUGAGAGAAACUUUAAACUGGCUAAAGAUGGUUUGAUUUGAUUUUUGCUUGUAUAAAUACAUUUGUAUAUGGUUUGUUUUGAAUUUAGUUUUAUUGAAAAUUACUAAUGAAAUAAGCAUUAGUAACUUGUUACCAUUCAAUUGUUGUUGCUACAAAAUUGAAUAGCCUUUCUUGGGAGUGUUUGGAAAGUUAUGUUUAUCCUUAGUUUUUCCUUCUUAUUAAUUGAAGAGAUUUUCAUUAUCUUGCGUAAUAAUAUUAGUUAGUCUUGUAUUCUUCAUGUAGUUUGCUUUUAUUGCUUCCUUAUGCUCUAAAAUAAGCAUUGAUUAUUAAAGUUAUAUCUUGCUCUUUGGGUGUCCUUGUUCUUCUAUUGUAAUUGCUUGGUAAAUAUAUGCAUUUCCGUCAUCAUUUAAAUAAAUGUUUGGUAAAUUGAUUUUCUUUUAACUUAACUAUACCAAGCAUCAAGCAAACAGCAACGAAGGUAGUUAAUUACGUUAACCCUGUAACUAAUUACUGCCUAGUUUGGUUAUCUUCCAGCUUCGACCCCAUUCCCAAAAUACCUUGGAGCAGCAGUAGCUCGGAAGGAGAGGGACACUGAAGACGUGACCACUACCUAGCACAGCGCGACUUUGAGCUCGUUAUUACGAUCAUACCAAUCUUUCGUCCAGUGCAUUAUAAAGGAACUAUGAAGAGCUAAAAUGUAUUUGUGACCUGGCCCAUGUACCGAGGGUGGGGAGGAGAAUAAUGCUGCCUAUUAUUCACCUUAGGCCACCACCAUUUUCCACGAAGAACAACUUGCCGACCGAUGUCAUCUAGUUGCCAAUACAACUAUUCGGAUUAAUUUGGGCCUAGAAAGGAUAGCUGAAAAUUUGAAGAUUCUCUUGAUUUAUUCUGAAACUGUGAGUUGGCAGCAGGGGCAGCACCAUCCCUCUACCUCGUAUGGUUUGGGAUUACCUGUUGCAAACCAGGAAGCAAGGAUAUUCAC